CCAAAGUUUACAACACUGUUGCUUUUUACAAAAUUCAAGGUUAUGAGCGGUUAUGAGAAUGCAGAUGAGUUACUUGAUCUUUUAAGAAAGCAAACUACUGGCUUAGUUCAUUUGGAAGAUUAUCGACGGGUAAAACAAGGAAUUGCUGAAAAAAAAGAAAAGGAUGCACUUUCACAGACAAAUCAAAAGAUCAAAAAGAAAAAAGGUGUUUUGAGUAAAAAUGUGAAGAAGCAGUUGCAACUAAAUAAGGGCAAAUUGUCAUUUGGACAGGAAGAAACUGAAGAAGAAACAGACGAUAGAAUUCAAGAAAUAACUUUAAAAAAGAAACAUAUUGGAAAGGAUCCUACUGCUAAUACCUCGUUUUUACCAGACGCUGAAAGGGAAGCUUUAGAGGAAGCAAGGAAAGAAGAAUACCGGAAACAAUGGUUAGAAGAACAGGAGAGAAUCAAGGAGGAAGAAAUUUUGAUUCCUUUUCUAUACUAUGAUGGUACCACUACUCGAUAUAGUGUUAGGAUUCGCCUGAAAGAUUCGGUAGGUCACAUACUGUCUAAUAUGAAAGAUCAAAUCCCAGGUCUAAAACGCGUCUUGGAUAUGGAUAAAUUCCUUUUAGUUCAAUCUGAUUUGAUUAUCCCUCAUCAUCACGAGUUGUAUUACUUUUAUCUGAACAAAGUCCAGGGCCCAAACGGAGCUCUGUUUGACUUUGACGCUUUGCGAUGCCAAAAUUCAGAGGUGGCAGCAACUCUGCAGUUGCCAGAAAGGAAGAUCCCUCAUUUAGUUCUUAAGUCGUUUUAUAUGGAAUAUAGACAUGUCUUUCCGUGCAAUUGUUGGGAGAUGUUUGACUCUAGGAAAAACUAUUCUCAGCAAAGAAAUGAAGUCAACCCAAAUGCUGCAUUAUUCUACAGAACAGGUUGACAAAGUUGACGAAAAAACUAGAAGAUGAUGUCCGUUCUAAUUAUAUAAGUAAUUAUUUAUUGCUAUUCCUUUAUGCUUUUUGGAUGAAACUUGAAUUGUUGAAGGAUAGGUGAAAUCAAAAAUAUCUGAAGUUAAUUAUACAACCACUGCAGCAAAUAAAGAUAUGAAAUGAAUGACACCAAAGUAUUUGAAUAGAGAAUUUUUAAACUUUGGCAAGUUCUUUUCACUGCUUUGUGGAUUCUCAUAUGGAUAAGCAUGUAUAUAUAUCCAUGUGAUUGAAGGACCUCGAGGUGAAUGAAUCUUCAGUUUGUAUCAUGUCUACUCUUUGAGGAAAGCAUUUUACUUGUUCUUAAUUGGAGCUCUCUCCUUGAUUUUUCAGAAGAAAAAAAAAAAGUUAAAGCCAACAAAAGUCAGAAAGCGUCCAUUAGCUUUCAUGAUAACUUAAUACAAAACCUUUGCUACGUUAGAAGCAAAAAUAUAUGCAAACAUUGAUCAAUUAGAGAUUAGACAUCAAGAAUGUACUUACUUUUAGAACAAUUGCAAUAAGAGCAUGCUUCAUCGUUUGCAAUCUUUGAAUGGAAUCUUUAC